AUGGAUAAUACCAUGGAGGAUGAUGAUGUUGAUAUGCCGUAUGCGCCGCCGUUGCAGCAACAAGCUACUGCCUCUCGUUGCCCAUAUAAUCAAGCUUCCCGAAAUAGCAUGCACAGGCCCAAUACACGGUACCCAGCACUUAUGAAUCCUUGGACAGGUUACAGAGAAGGCUUCAAUAUGCCCACUUCGAUGUAUGGCACUCCCAAUAUGCCCUCAUUUCCUUAUGGCGGUGCAAACACAAGUUAUGUAACUACCGGCUAUGCCACACAGCAUGCACAGUGGUCUCAGAAUGCGCAUGCUUUGGGCAAUACAGUUUCAAAUAUUCAAGAUCCACAACAUCAAAAUCCAGAGCUGUCGGGUAGUAGUGUACCGUUCCCUCCUAUGUCAGUCCCCGCCGAUUACCACUCUUGGCCGGGUCUUUGGCCUAAUGAACCUCGCCCGAUGCCCACGUUCGCCGAAGAAAAUACCAUAGCGGACAAUAAUAAUAAUCCUCAAGGAAUGACCUAUAUGGGAAACAGCAUGGCAGGUGUUUCUAGUGAACAAGAGAUUCAGAUACGGAUGAAGAAGAUCUUGAAUACAGCGAUGAUGAUGAUGAACUGGGAAGCAAUACUCGGGUAUUCUCAAAUCAUUAAUAUGACGAAUGGGGGCGGCACCUUGGCUGCCGUUUUACGUGGCCGUGGUGGGUUGGGUGGUAAAAGAAUGCCAUCCAAGGAGUUUUUGCUCUCACUCGAGACCCUGAAUCCCAGUGAUAUGUCGGAAGAAGAUCGAAGUUGUAUGAUUUGCUACAACGAAUUUGGCGUAAAGAAUCCGGAAGGCGUGAGCGAACAGCCAUUACGUUUACCGAAAUGUAGACAUAUAUUUGGAGCUAUAUGUAUCAAGAAAUGGUUCAAGGAGAAUGACAGCUGCCCGUAUUGCCGGGACAAAGUUCUAUCGGAAUCUGCUGCUGCGAAGAUGAUAGUGAGGCGUGCUCGUCAGCUGAUGCGGGAUCAAAGGGAUCAAAUGCGAAACCGCCUCAGUGCAACAGCUCACUCAACUGAAGCCGGUCACCUCAAUCCAAGGUACGUCCCUGUGAAUCCUUCUCCGAAAAUUGGCUAA